AUGAGCAGCCAAGCCAUCCCUGAAGUAUCCACCUCCCUUGUACUCAAUUCUUUCAACGGGCAACUUGAUUUGGAGAAGACUCCAAUCCCAAGCCCUACGCCCCCCGGAUCAGUCAUCGUCCGCAUUCUUAGCACUCCAGUCAGACCUCACCAGCGCGCUGGUUUUCACGGAAAUAGUCCUCUUUCUUUCAAACCCCCGUAUAACCCGGGUGAUGGCGGUGUUGGUCGUGUCAUCUCAGUUGGACCAGACGCUGUAGCUUUGAAGCCAGGUCAACUUGUCUACAUGAGCAACUUUGUCACUGCCAGAGAUGAUCCCAACACACGAGUUCUCCUUGGUCUUCACGAUGGCGGAGGCCCUGAUCGUGAUAUCAAACUAUUCAAUCUCUGGCAGGGUUUUUGGAGAGAUGUUGCUAUUGUUCCAGCCGAGAAUGUCUUGCCUCUCGAUGAGAAGAUUCUAGUUGAUGAGUUGGGUUAUUCCUAUGGCGACUUGAACUACAUCCAACGACUCUCCGUUGCGUAUGGUGGAGUAAGGAAUGCCGAUCUCCAAGCUGGCGAUACAGUCAUCGUUGCGCCUGCCACUGGACAUUUCUCUGGGGCAGUCGUCGAGCUGGCUGCUCAAAUCGGCUGCAAAGUCAUCGCAAUCUCCCGUUCCGCAUCCAAGCUCGAGCCCCUUACUUCUCGAUUUCCCCGAGUAACCGCUCUUGAAUUGACCGGUGACGAAAAGAAUGAUACUGAAGCUAUUCGUGCUUUGGCACCUCAAGGCGUCGAUGCUUACAUUGAUGUCUCACCCCCUGCUGCGACAGCAGCUCCGAAUCACCUGACCGUCUCGAUCAAUUCGCUCAAAACCUUUGGUCGCGUAGUCUUCUUAGGCCUGAUGUUUGAUAUCAAGAUCAAUUAUGCCAGUCUCAUGGUUCGAAGCAUCACAAUCAAGGCACAAUUCAUGUACACACGAGAGGAACUCGUCUCGUUGAUCAAGAUGAUUGAGGCUGGAGUUGUCAAGUUGGGCAAGGAAGCAGGGCAUCGGAUAGUUGAACGUGGGUAUCCUCUGGAUGAGUGGGAAGAAGCUGUGGCUACAGCUGAAAAGGCUGUUGGGUGGGGCGAGCAAGUCCUUCUCUACCCUUCAGUGGAUGUGGCCGAGUAA